UCCUUCCUUUGUCUUUUUUCAACCAUAUAUUCCUCCCAUUCCAAAACUCGACACAACUAAGUCCAAUUGCCACCCCUCUUCCAACUCUAUCAUCUUAACCCAAUCUCAAUUGCACAUAUAUAUAAAUACACACACACACUUAAGUUCUCAUCAAUCAACACACAUAAUCUCUACCUAGCAAAAGGUUGGAAUUAAAAUGGAGAGUGCUCUUGGUGAAGCCUACAAAGAACACCCUAUCCACCUUGGUCACAUUGUCCCCCUAGACUUUUCUUCACUCCCCACCUUACCCGAUUCUCACGCAUGGUCUCCAUCCAACGAUGACUAUAGUUUCCCAUGCAAUGAUGCAUCAUCAUCCAUACCCAUCAUAGACCUCAUGGAUCCUAAUGCCAUGCACCUCAUAGGCCAUGCAUGCGAGACGUGGGGUGCGUUCCAAGUGAAGAACCAUGGCAUACCCUUUGGUGUCAUCGAACGUGUAGAACAAGAGGCCAAACGUCUCUUCUCUCUUCCCACCCAACAGAAGCUCAAGGCUCUUAGAUCUCCCGGUGGCGCCACCGGCUACGGCAGAGCUAGGAUUUCACAGUUCUUCCACAAGUUCAUGUGGCACGAAGGAUUCACCAUCAUUGGUUCUCCAUCUCAUGAUGUUAAAAAGAUAUGGCCUAAUGAUUAUGCACACUUUUGUGAUUUGAUGGAGAAGUACGAGAAGGAAAUGAAGGUUCUAGCGGAGAGACUAACAAAGAUGAUGUUAGAGUUGUUGGGAAUUAGGGAAGAAAAAAGGAAGUGGGUUGGUUCAAAGAACACAAAUGGAGCAGUUCAGUUGAAUUUCUACCCAAGUUGUCCAGAGCCAAAGAGAGCAAUGGGUCUAGCACCACACACCGACACAUCGCUAUUCACAAUCCUACACCAAACCCAAACCACAGGGCUUGAAAUCUUCAAGGAAGGAAAAGGGUGGGUUCCAGUGCACCCCCACCCUAACGCACUGGUCGUCAACACAGGCGAUUUCUUCCACAUCAUGUCCAAUGCGAGGUUCCGUUGCGCGCUUCACCGUGUUACUGUGAAUAGGACUCGGAAACGUUACUCUGUCGCUUAUUUCUAUUAUCCUCCGAUGGAUUACGAGGUUUCUCCUUUCGAUCUCAACUCUGCUGCUCGUUUUCGUCCUGUCACUGUCAAGGAGUAUAAUGGGAUUAAGGCCAAGAAUUUUGGACAAGCACUCUCUUUGAUUAGUACUUCAAAUUAACUAAUAUAUGUACUAUGUAUUAAUUCCUUACUUUAUGUAGCUAGAUGCCUAGAUGGCUUUUUAAUUAAUGUCAGCACCUUCACUAAUAAUAUGUUCGAAAUAAAAUAUAGGUUUAACGA